AUGGAUCUCCUCAUUUGCGGUACCUGCGGCGUGCAGUACGGCAGCCAUUCAAUCAAGUCAUGCAAAAUAUGCGACGAUCCUCGGCAAUACGUCCCCGAAGGAGGCCAAUGGUUCACCACGCUUCGCGAGCUCCAAGAUUCCAGAAAGCACAGAAACGUCUUCACCAAGGAUAAGUACAACUCGAGCGUCGUCGCCAUCCGCACCGAGCCCCCGGUCGGUAUCGGCCAAAGAGCAUUCCUCUUGCGUUCUGCCAUCGCGGGUAACCUCCUGUGGGACUGCAUCACGUACAUCGACGACGAGACAGUGAGCCGCAUUGUCGCCCUUGGCGGCAUCGACGCCAUCGUCAUCUCGCAUCCUCAUUACUUCUCCACCGCGUUACACUGGGCCGAGGCAUUUGGCUGCAAGGUGUACGUCUCGGCCGAGGACGCCGGGUGGCUUCCACGCCGGGGCGACGCGCACGUGCUGUGGGAGGGGCUGGCGAUGGAGUUUCUCUACGGGCAGUUUCUGGCCGUCAAGGUCGCGGGCCACUUCCCCGGCAGCUCGGUGUUGCUAUGGAAGAGCGAGAAAAAGCUGUUCGUGGCGGACUCGGUCAUGGUGGUGCCGAGCGGCAUGUAUCACGUCGACCGGCCCGAGGGGACCGCGAGCUUUACAUUCAUGUGGUCGUAUCCGAACAUGAUCCCGCUCUCUCCAGAUGCCGUGUAUGGCAUCUGGAAGGCCGUUUCCGUGCUUGAUUUUGAUGAUGCACACAGUGCCUUUAUCGGCCGCGAUGCCAGGGGCGAUGCGAAGAGACGACUUUUGGAGAGUGCGCAGAUUUUCAUCAAGUCCAUGGGAUACAUCGACCAUCCUAUUCGUUACGAAGAAGUUUAG